CGAGACACAGGGUUCUCCAACACAAACAAGGCAAACAGGACUUAGAUUCGAUAGCUUUCUCAUGUUUUCAUCAUUCAUAGACCACAGCCAAACAAUAACUCAGUCCGCGAUGGAGCUCGAAAAUGUUACACCUUCUGAAAUCAUCUUUUCGAAGAAGCUUUUUGCGUCGGAUUUCUCUGUCGUCUUUCUAGUUACUGUGCGUAACCAGGAAUGCGUUAUGAAGGUGCACCACGGAAGAGGUCCGCCGCGGUACUAUGAGCGUAAAGACCGUGAAUUGGACAUUCACGUGCUCGAAACUUCUGCUUACACCCGUUUAAGAGAUAAAGGACUCUGUGAUCGAGGAAUUGUGCCUCGCUUCUUGGGCUCCAUGAGGAAGUUCGACCAGUCGUUGUGCCAGCCUUAUCUAGAAAUAUUCCUAGAUGACGAAUACCCACCUAGUGCUAUUUUCCUGGAAUAUGUACCCAAUAUGGAAAUGAUUACGUUGAAUAACUAUACGCAGCAGCGGAUGGAUAAUCUCAUUGCUGGAAUACAAGAGAUACAUAAAGCGUUGGUACUACAUGGGGAUCUGAAACCGAGAAAUAUGAUGGUCGUGAAAGAUGAUCCAGAGAGAGUUAUCUGGAUAGACUUCGAUCGGGCGGUAACUUAUGAAGAGGCUUCGAUCACUGAUUCCGAGAAAUCUCUCCUGGAAGAUGAGGAGAUAACGCUUGUUUAUUUUGAACAAUUCAUGGAAAACGAUUUGGCCAAAGGGAAACUCGAAGAUGCGUAUAUCUUUUAUUGCACUUGAUGGCUUUGUGUCUUUGGGCGUCAUGUAUUAUGAACCAUGAUAUGACAAUGCACGUGUGGUGCAGGGGCUUGUUUCUUGUCAGAUAGACAAGAGAAGCCUGCUCUCAAAACAUGCGACUGCGUGGACUGAGAAUGGAUAGAGACCAGCGAACCCUAACAUUUCGACCUACACUGUCAUUAGAACGACUCAAGCCAUGAUGCUUGUCUUCUCGGCCUGUAAAGUAUGGAAACAUAUUGUUGACAACCACACAAGGGAAUACUGGCUCAGAAAGGCUCACAUAUAGUUUCAUCGUCAUUGUAGAGAGCAUAACACCGCUCCUUAUUCAAAGCAGCGUUAGGAGGGC